AUGGGGAAACUCAUUCCCAAUGCCUUUAACCUGGCAGUCGUCAUCUUUGUCGCGCUGGGUUCGACAUCCUGUUCCUAUGGAAUGGCCAUCAUCGGCUCUACUAUAGGACAACCCAGCUUCUACAGAUCUCUCCACCUUGCUCCUGACGGCGAGCCCGGCUACAGUCGCACCACUCAAUAUAUCGGUGCUUUCAAUGGUGUAAACUCUGCGGGAUCUGCCAUCGGCGCAGCGGCCUGUGCUUAUUGUGCCGACAAAUUUAGUCGCAAGCACACCAUCCAGGUGGCAGCAGUAAUUCUUACUAUUGGGGCAGCUAUUUGCGCAGGUGCCGUGGACAAUGCCAUGUUCUUGGUCGGUCGUGUCAUCAAUGGCCUGGGUAUCGGUGCUUUGGUGACUGCGAUCCCCAUGUACCAGGCCGAGGUGUCAACACCAGAAAGUCGCGGCUUCAUGGUCUCGAUGCAUGGAGUCAUGUUCGCAAUGGGCUACACUCUUUCCGGUUUCAUCGGCUUUGGAGUAUACUUCAUAUCGGCAAGCGGAUCGCAAUCAUCAUUCCCAUGGCGGUUCCCCAUCGCAUUCCAGAUGGUCCCGGCUCUCCUCCUGCUCGCGGGCUCUCCCUGGCUACCAUACAGUCCCCGCUGGCUCAUGAUGCACAAGCGCUAUGACGAAGCCCAUGAAGUGAUCAAGCGUCUGCAUAGGUCAAAAGAAGACCCUCAUGACUCUCUUGCCCGCAAGGAGUACUAUCAAAUGAAGAAGCAAGUUGAGUUAGACCACCAGAUCAAAGCCACAACUUCCAAGUGGGAAGUCUUCAAGACGGCACCAAAUAGGAGACGAGCUCUCGUGGGUUUCAUGCUCAUGUGGAACAAUCAAUUCACGGGCGUCUUGAUCAUCGCAAACUAUGGGGUUAUUCUUUACACCCAACUCGGCAUGACGGGGUUCUGGCCACUGCUGCUCAGUGCCUUGUGGGUCUUGUCGACAUUCCCUGGGAACAUCUUCUGUGCUUUCUUCGUCGAAAAAUUCGGCCGACGGAGGUUCAUGCUGAUCGGAUUGAGUGGUAUUCUUGUCAGUCUGAUCUGUGAAAUUGCCAUUCAGGCAACCUACUUGGGCUCCACCAACCAUGUGGCUCUGGAUUUCGGAGUCUUCUUCAUAUUCUUGUUCAUCACACCUUUUUGGUCGACUUUCAUGGAUGCCAGCCAGUUCCUCUAUGUGUCUGAAAUCUUUCCGACGCAUAUCCGCAGCCAGGGUAUGGCUGUCGGUAUGUGCGGUCUCUAUCUGGCAGACAUCAUCCUGCUCGUAGCAGGUCCGAUCGCGCUGAACAAUAUCGGCUGGAAAUUCUUCCUGGUUUUGAUCAUCCCUACGGCUUUCCACAUUGCCUUCGUCUACUUCAUGUGCCCUGAAACCAAGGGCCGAAGCUUGGAAGACAUCAAUGCCCAAUUUGGCGAGCAGGUUGCUAUCCACUUCUAUGGCGCCACCGACGCCGAAAAGGAGGAGAUGGAAAGAGCUGCACAACAAGAUGAGGAAGAAGAACUCCGCAAACGUGGCUCAAUGGGUGAAAAGGCUACCGGUGUACAAGAGCACGAGCUUGUGGAACCGAAGGCCUAA